AGGUUUCCUGCCACAAGUGGAUACUAAAACUCCAUGCUUAAUUCGGGGGAGGUUCCAACUUUGAAUGUGGGAAUGAAGGCCAAACCUCCCGACCUCCUGAACUCCACACGCGAAAAGGAUCAGCCGCCGCCUCCUCAGCCGCCGGUGCCGCCGCGGCCGGACUCACCUCCCCUAGCAAAGCCGGAUAGAGCGGAGCCAGCGGCGGACACGCGCAACCAGCCGCCGAGGCCCCGCCCCCGCCUCACACUGACCGGCUGCCCUAGCCAAUCCACGCCCACCUGUCCGCGUCCGCCUCCAAUCCUGGGCCGGCAGCUUCAGACAGGCGCACUGUUCGGCCAGUGGCGACAAGAUGAGCAGGAAGCUGCGUGCUAAUCCCGCCUGCAAAAGCUGGAAGAGAGGGUUGGAACGAAAGAACCAAUCGUGAGCCGGGGAGCAAGAACAGAGCAACCAAUCAUUGGCUUGAAGAGGAAGUGGGCUGAGACUGGAACCAGAUAGACAUUUGAUUUGACAAAUGAAAAAGGAAAUUGAUUUCGGUCCCACCCUUCCGAUCUCCUAUAGGUCAGGAUUGUGGAGAAUCGCUGUCAUAUCAGCGACGACCUCCUCAAGGGGCGGGCCAACUUAAAGGGGGUGUGGUUUCAGGGAAGAGGGCGGGACCUAGAGGAAGAAGGCGGAGUCCAAAUCAUCCAUUGAUAGGAACCAUCUACUAUCCCUUUUAGAGACUUCAGGUGUGGAGAAAUAGGUGGCGCCAAGAGGGGAUGUCGAGCUUCAGAAACUCAAUCAAGGUUAUUCAUUAGGGCCAUCACAAAAGAAACUCAAAGACUGAUGGUUCAUAACCUACAGCUGGUCUUCCAUGGCUAAUCCUCUUAGUGGCAAAAAGACAUUAUUUCCAGUUUUCACAACUAACACGCUCAUGGAACAAUAGGCCUAUAGAUAUAAUUAAAACAACAAAAAUAAUAAACCUAACCACAAAGACUGUAAUUUUAUCCCAUACUUUCUAAUAAAUUCUAUCCCAUACUUUCUAAUAAAUUCUAGUCAUUGAAAGUUUACUAAAAUAAAGUUUACUUUCACAUAACCUCACUUACCUAAAUCUACUUUUCUUUAAAAAUACAAAAUAAUAAGCUUACAGACCUUACUCUUACUAAAACUGUGCACUUAGAACCCUGGAAAUCGUCAUUGAUUUCUCUCCUGCCUGCCCACUCCUUCCCUUCUAAUCAAUCAUCAAGUCUUAAACACUUCUGAACACUUAAACACAUGGGCUUCCCUCAUGGCUUAGAUGGUGAAGACUGUCCGCAUUGCGGGAGACUCAGGUUCGACCCCUGGCUCAGGAAGAUCCCCUGGAGAAGGCAAUGACAACCCACUCCAGUAUUCUUGCCUUGAGAAUUCAACUCUGGCGGGCUAGAGUUCAUGGGGUCCCAAAGAGUCAGACACAACGCAGUGACUAACAGCAUCACUUUCUAUCAAACACACACAUACACACACACACCCUUCUCUGCAGUUACCA